UAAGAUCGUUGGGGCGAUCAGUUGGUAAAAGUGUUGCGUUGCGUAUGGUUUAAGCUAAAACUACCGCUGUGAUUUAAAAUUUGGAAAAACUUAAGUAACUGCAUAAUUCUUGUUUUACUUUUUUUUUACAAAUAAUUCGAAAGGAACUGUGCAAAUAAAGAUAGUAAACAGACUUAAGAAAAAAAUCACAAAACUACGAAUAAAUUGCAGCCGUGUAUUUAAUAUACAACAACAUAGAGUUUUUACUCUACACUACUCGCAGUGAGUCCGUUCCAUUCUGCAUCAACAGAGAAAAAUUUUAAUAUAAACCUGUAAAGAAAAUCUAUAACCGAAGAAAAAUGUCGCUACUGCGUACUAUGUUGCUGCUGGCUUUUGGUGCCACCGUCGCCUUGGCUCAACGUCGCCUAGCGUUGCCGGAUCCACGCAGUUGUGCUAAUCGUGUUCGCCACGCCACUUAUCGUGAUGCACGCGGUGUAGCCCAUUCGUACUUCUUCAGUUGGGAGCAUGCGCCGACGCGCAGCCUUGAAGUCGAUUGGUUAGAUGCGCGCAACAUUUGCCGUCGCCAUUGCAUGGACGCCGUUUCGCUGGAAACGCCACAAGAGAAUGAAUUCGUCAAGCAGCGCAUAGCGCGUGGUAAUGUACGCUACAUCUGGACUUCGGGUCGCAAAUGCAACUUCGCUGGCUGUGAUCGCCCCGACCUGCAGCCACCAAAUGAGAAUGGCUGGUUCUGGUCUGGUUCGGGUGGUAAAAUUGGGCCUACCUCGCAGCGCAACACCGGCGACUGGUCGCACACUGGCGGCUACAAUCAACCACAACCGGACAAUCGUGAGGCCGCACAGGGUAACGAUGAAUCGUGUUUGUCGAUUUUGAAUAAUUUCUACAAUGAUGGACUCAAAUGGCACGAUGUGGCGUGCCAUCACUUGAAGCCGUUCGUGUGCGAGGACUCCGAUGAGCUGUUGAACUUUGUGCGUUCACGCAAUGCUGGUAUUCGUCUGUAAAGGAAUGUAACGCUGCUGGUGUAGGAAAAGAGAAAUUUGUAAAUGUGUUGUUUUUUGCGAACGGAAUUUGGCUUGUGGAUAGUGAUCGUGGAAUGUGAAGCAUGGAACGUAUUUGUUGAUGUUUUCGUUUUCGUUUAUGCUUUUUAAUUUUGUUUGUAAAAAUUUUGUUUGAAACUUUGAAGAUUUUUUCGAAUUGGCAAGAAAUUUCUUUUGGGUUUGAGCAGAAUUUCGUUUUAGUUUAAGUGAAUUUUAAAAUUAAUUUAUGCUUAAAAUAAUAAAGGAAAAAAAUUUAAGAAAAAAAAGUCUAAGAGGAACCUUAUUCGAAGAAGUUGAAAACUAUUCAUUUAAAAUUCCUGGUUUUCGGUUCUAGCGAAUUCGUUGCAAAUUUGUUUUACACUAAAUUGCUUUUAAUGUAGUGAAAUUUUUGUUUGAUUAAUUUUUUGAAAUACUUCCCUACACUGAAUUGGCUAUUGCAUUUACACCCACAUACUUAUGUAUAACCACUUUUAUAUCAUAUAUAAAAUGUUGUCCUGAUCUAUUGAAUUUGUUUGUUUCGGCCAAUUUUCUGUCUAAUGAGUGUAUUGCAUUUAACUAAUUUUAAUA